GACAACUUAGCGAAGGUCUUCGCCAAGAAGCUUCCCGAGGAUGAAGCGCUGCAGCUUGCGAAGGACUUGGACGUGGAUGGCGGGGGCAAGGUUGUGCUUGAUCAGGUCCUGGGAUGGACGGAGCGCUGCGCGAACAACGUGGAGUUCCUCGAUCGGUUCAAGAUGUUGCAAGCGCUGAAGCUGCCAGUCCUGGUGUCCGGCGUUGGGUCGGACUCUCAACUGUCAUCCUACCUCGGGCGCUACACCAAUGCGCCCAUUGUGCUGGCGGUUGGUGGCGGCAACUACGACAUUGGCCGAGGAAUCUUCCAGGAGAAGAACUACUCCACCUACAAAGGAGGCAUGCUUGAGGCCUUCGGCAAGCUCUUUGCGGGCAAUGUGCGGAUGUUCCAGUAUCCGAACAUUAGUCCUGAGGGAGAGGUCUCUGAGAAUGUCGAGUUCUCCGCCGGCUCGACGGAGUAUCUCCACCGGUUUCUGGUCGAGCAGGAGAAGAUUGUCUCCAUUGAGCCGACCUACAUGAACAGCUUCGCCGUCAGCAAAGAGUCCAACGAGCCCUAUCGCGGGCAGUCCGAGGAUGUCGUGCAGCUGAUGCGGAAUGGCGACCCUGAGUGGCAGAAGUACGUGCCUGACGAG